UAUAUUUAAACAGAACGCAGGGCAGUUGCGGCCGGCUGGCGCAUCUCACCUCCCUCCGUCCACACGAACUGUCCAGGGAACAUGGCCUCGAAUGCUAUACGUCAACUCUGUUGCUUCAUAGGUAUAUUUUUGUCUACUUUGUCGGCAGUAACACCGCGCCCACCAAGCACUGACACUGCCACGGAUACAUUCUCUCUCCCCAUCAGAUCUUUUGAAAACCAAGCUAAGAGGUCUUGUGAUGGCUUCCCUUGCAUGUAUUCGCACCUUGGAGCCAAAGCCGGCCGGCAGGCACUGAUGAGAACAUUGAUGAGUAUAAUAGACGACUGUGCAGUUGAUCCAUCCUGCUCACCUGGUCGGCGAAGAAGGAAACGGAUGGUGAUGGAUUCAGUACGGCGGCUGUUUUUAAAGGAGUAUGUCACAAGUCUUUGACAAGACUCUUGUGUAUCAUAAAACAUGAAGAGUGCCAUUCAGGUCCUUCUGUGUGGCUGUGAUGGGAUUCAUCACUCCUUUUGCUAUACCAUUAAACACUUUUUUCAGUUCGUUUUAAUAUACUUACCGGGAUAUGAUAUCGCUCUUUCCAUUUACACAUAUUCAUACUGAGUCUACUGAACUACUGAAGGGAGUAUAUCAGUUAGCUUCAUUGUAUACCACACUACAGACUAGGGGCCGUUAGAUUAUUCACCAAGUUAGCUCGCCAAAUUAGAUACUCUACUUGUACUACAUAAAUAUUUUAUUUUCACUGUGUUAUGUUCAUCUGUUUCCCUUUGAUUCUAUUUUAUUUAACAUUAGCGACUGUCAACACGGAGGUGUUCUACGUCUCAUUAAACUGUUCAAAAUAAAUGCUUGGUCACGAUU